AUGUUGGAAGAAAUGGAUGGAUUUAAAAAUAAAAAUAUUUCUCGGUUGUGGGAAAUUAGUAACAUAAAUACAACAAAUUGCACACCGGCAAUGGAUCCAAAUUGUGAUGGAUAUAAUUCAAGUGCAGAACUUAAUGAUAGUAUGGUGAAAGUUGUGGUGCCUGUAUUUUUUGGCCUAAUUGGUUUCCUUGGACUCGUUGGUAAUUCACUUGUCGUAAUUGUUGUUGCAUUAAAUCCUGGAAUGAGAUCAACUACUAAUAUUUUGAUUAUUAAUUUGGCUAUUGCUGAUUUACUAUUUGUUAUAUUUUGUAUACCAUUUACUGCUACGGAUUACGUUCUUCUGUAUUGGCCAUUUGGUGACACUUGGUGCAAAAUUGUUCAGUAUCUUAUUAUUGUCACGGUAUGUGCCAGUGUCUACACCCUCGUUUUGAUGAGUCUAGACAGGUAUCUGGCAGUUGUACAUCCAAUAGCUUCUAUGACUGUGAGAACAGAAAACCACGCCUUCUUAGCGACUUGUCUCGCGUGGCUAAUUAUUCUAACUGCGUCUAUUCCAGUGCUUAUUAUCCACGGUGAGAUUUAUCCAUCAUUACAGCGACCAGGUGAUAAAUCAAAUCAAAUGUUUUGUCGAAUUCGCCUUGACGACUGGGUGGUUUUCCAAGUUACAUUUUUUUUAUUGAGCUACGUGAUCCCUUUAACUCUCAUAUGUGGUCUCUACAUAUGCAUGCUAGUAAGGCUGUGGCGAGGAGCACGUACGAGUGCUGAAAGUCGACGUGGUAGAAGGAGAGUUACUCGGCUUGUAAUUGUUGUGGUUGGAGUUUUUGCUUUUUGUUGGUGUCCUCUUCAGUUAAUAUUAGUCGCGAAAUCAUUAAACUUCUAUCCUCUAACAACGACGUCGGUGAUGAUUCAAAUAGCGAGUCAUGUAUUGGCAUAUAUGAAUAGCUGUGUCAAUCCAAUUUUGUAUGCUUUCUUAAGUGAAAACUUUCGUAAAGCUUUUAGAAAAAUAAUUUACUGUAGGCCAAGAUAUAAUCCCCAAGGUCUUGGUCCUCCUACUAAAACUACAAGGGCUGCUAGUAGUGGCGAUAUUCUUUAGUUCAAACGGAAUAAAGGGAUAGAUGAAGAAAUUCCAAUAACACGUACAUCAUACAUGAGCAUGAGAAUAUAAUUCCAAAGUCCUUUCUCUCAUACAAUAGAUAUAUAGAUAAACAACUGUAGUAUCGAAAGGACAUAUUCCUCUAUAGUAGACAUGAUAACGUGAUAGCACGUUCUCCAAUCGUGUUAAACCAUCUCGAGCAAUUUGUCCAUUUGACGUGAUUUAAUCAUACUCAACGAUUCUCAUUUAUGAUACUUGAAUUAUUGCAAUCUUGUGUAUUGAAAUAUUUUCAUUUUAUAAUAAAGUGCACGGAACAAAAAAAAAAACAGAAUAUUAAUGUAGCAAAAAACCGGAAUUUAUUUUUAAUAAUUAGUGAACGAAAUAUUAAAAAUUAAUAAAGAAUAGUGAAAUGUAAAAUUUUUUAUCCAACAUUAGUAUUGCUAUGUAUUUGAUACAAAAUCGUUUACUAAUUUGUAUAGAUUCACUGCUUUGUAAGAAAAAUUAUUUUCGAAAAUGUUCGAAAAAAGUGAACGUCAAAAUUUGAGACGAUUCUGAACUUUAAGUUGAUCAUCUUUUGGGUUUUCAAAAAAAUUCAAAAGUAAAAGAAAUUUUCGAUCUCUUGACCUCGUUCUUGAACAGUUCUGAUAAAUAAAAAAUCAUCUAUAAUUCGUAUUUGAACAUUUUUUUAAAAUGUUUUCAAACCAGCAUAAUUCUCAAAUCGAAUUUUUUCGCUUAAGAAGUUUCGAAAAAUCUGCCGGGGAAAUAUUCAGUUGAAAAUUUGUUUGUAAUCAUGAAUUUUGUUAAAAGAUGUACCUGAAGAUCGAAACGUUUUUUGCUCAACGAAAUGUAAAAAAAUUUAUGUAAUUUGACUUUAAAGGUGACUUAAAGGAUAGUUAGGGGUGGCCUGGAAUUUUCGGCUGCCGUGUGAAACUUUUCAGAAAUCAAGAUCCAGUAGAUUUUUUACUUUUCGUUUUGUAUUUUUAUUUCCGCUCCGGGAAAAACGUUCUGAUCUUCAGGUACAUGUUAAAAGUUCAAAAAAUGAUUAACUCUUAAUUCUGAAAUGUUCAAAAUUUGGAAAUUCAUUCUUAUAAACAUAUUAUGGAACAUUUUUCAAAGAAAUGUUUUUUUGGCAUGCCCUGUAGUAUACUAUACACUAUUUUAAAAAAUAAAUGAAUAUCAUUGCUUUUAGACAUAAAUUUAUGAUAUAGGUUUUCUCAUAUAUUUUAAAUUUUGAUAUAAAUGUUUACCGUUUUUAGAUGAAUUAUGGUUCCAGUUUAUAAUUUUUAUGUAGAUAUUAAUAUUAAGUCAGAAAUAUACUUCGAACUAAUAAAUUUCCGAGCCCCAGUUUCUUCCGUGUUAACAUAUAUGUUUAUUUUUUUUAAUUUUACUGUACUAGUAUUACUUUUUAAGAAAUUACUAAAUGACUAAGUCUGACUAAAUAACGUAUCAAUUUUUUUUUUUUAUAUUAUUUAUUUUUUUUUUCGUUAGUUACUUUCUUCCCUCUUUUUUUUGCCGCAAUAAAUCGGCGCAAUCAGAUAGGUAGAGAACGGCGUUGCCGUUGCGAGAGUUACCAAGGGAUUUAUUUUCCUAGGAUAUCAGUGGAUGUAGAGAGUAAAGUUAAGCAGAGUAAAACGUAAAAAAAAAAAAAUAAAAUAAAGUUAAAUAAAAUAAAACAGAAAGUGAUGAAGUAAUCCACAUUUUUUUUCUCUUUUAUAAGAAGGAUUAUUUUCCUAUAUAUAUUUUCCGAAGGGUAUUUAAAUUUUCACAUACUUGUUGAUAGAGAUAAAGGGAAAUAUUAUACUCCAUCAUCCAGAAAUAUAUUACUUUUAUUUUAUUUUUAGUAGUAAAUAUGAUUAUUUAUUUUUUUGGAUACUGUAACUCAUCGGCUUGUAACCAAGACAGCAAAAGAGGAAUUUGGAUUUGUUUUUAAUCUCUCGGGAAUCAAAUGAACUCGUUAAAUUGUGAAUCUAUAGAAAUACUAUACUUUUUUUUUUAAUUUAAUUAUCUUAAGUAAUCACUAAACUAAUUGAUUUUUAUUCAAUUAAUUUUAAUAGAAUAUUUCAUGAAAAAUAAAAGUUAUCCCAAGAAAACAUAAUUUAGAUCUAAAGUGAUCUCAAUUCUGCAUACAGUUAAGAUCUACGGAGAUCUGGUUCUUCCAUUUUCAGAUUUACGAUCAAGCCAAAUUGGCGAUCGGUAGCCGCUACCGAUUAUUUCGGAAACAGUUACCGAGCUGGUACCGAUUUCAAUCGGUAACGGCUACCAAAAUAAUCGGUAGCUUUUACCGAUUUUUUAGAAUCAGUUACGUACACACACGCACACACACGCACUCGCACACACGCGCGCUCGCACACAUGCACAAACGCACAGACACACACACAUACACGCACACACAUGCACAUACACGUGCACUCAAGCACACUCGUACACUCGUACACACAUCUCGCGUGUAACAUCCCUCAGAAAUAUUUUUUUGAUGUCCACUGACAUUCGUCAGUAGAAAUAAUCGGUUACCGUUACCGGAAUAAUCGGUAGCUGUUACCGAAAUAAUCAAUACCAGCUACCGAUUAUUCCCGUAACAGCUACCGAUUAUUUCGGUAGCCGUUACCGAUUGAAAUCGGUAGCUGUUACCGAAAAGUAAUUGGUAGCAGCUAUUAUAUAAUAUUACCGAUUAUUUUUUUCCGUGUACAUAACAUUCACAAAUUCUUCGUAUUACGGGAAUCAUUACCAUAAUAUUAUAGUAAUGGUUCCCAUAUUGUCAUAGUCAAAGUUAUCAUACAUUAUGGGAAUCAUUACCAGAAUAUAUGGUAAUGCUUACCCUCAUAUGAUGGUAAUAUUUCACACAUAUCAUCGACGCAGUUUCCACAAUGUACAGGGUUUAUUCCCAUACGCACCUUAAAACCGUUCAAAUGUGGAUACAGGAUUUUAUUACUAUGUCACUCUAUUACCAUACGAUAUAGGAAAUUUUAUCAUAAUUAUAAGAAUUAUUCGCAUAAUUAUAAAAACUUUUCUCGAAAAUAGACGUAUAUCCCAUAACUCUCAGUAAUUAUUACCAUAAAAUUACAGGCUUAUGUUUUAUAACCGUACUAGGAACAGUUACCAUAAUUUUCUCUCCGUGUAGAACUAAAUUACGGAAAAGUCCGAUUUUCUAAGAUCUAAUUACAUUUAAAUUAUUUUCCUCAAGUAUUAUUCGCUUACUCGACAUUGCGCGUUAGUAAAUGUGAAAAUAAAUGAAGUUAAAUUUUUUUGUGUAACACUAAGUCGUUACAGAUUCUACCGCAGUAAAAUGUAGAUAUUUUUCAGCAGCUUUAGUUUAAGAGUUUUUUUCACAAAAAAAGUCCUCUUGAGUCGAUGGCUUCUUUGAGACUUACGUAGGCUAUAAGUCAUAUGUAGUAAAGUUUAGUGGGAGUGUCGUACAUAGGAAGUGCAAGUCAGAGAAUCGCGGCAAUAUAAUAGAUCUUCCAUUUUUUUUUUCUUUUCUUUUUUCAGAUUAUUUUCAUCCUACACCUAUAGAAAAGUGCUUUACUAUAUAUGUACUCUCUAGAGCAUCCGUACUAGUUUAAAAAGUUGACUGGCAAAGUUUCACAUCAACAAUUGACGAUAAAUACUGUGAUUUAGUAGAAAUCGAUGAACUCAAAAAAUAUUUAUUUAUAUUUAUAUCAUUUUUCUAUAAUUUUAUUUUCAAAUCAAAUGACGUCAUAAUCAAUCGUUGCUAUAAAUAGUCGAUGUAUGUAAUUAACCUCUGGAUCUAAGGCUUACGCAGGUCAUUAUCAGGCGUUAAUUUUGGUUUACGGUCUCCUUGAUAUUGAUAUGAAACCUUCCGUAUUGCGAUCGUAUCAAAUAUCCUCAGGCUAUUAUCAUCUUCCACAUUCAAGAAUUAAAUUGCCUUCCCAUCUGUUCGUAGUUAUGUACUAUCUUAAUCUAUCCCUUUAAUUUUUACAUUAUUUCUAAAAAAUUACUAUUGUUGUGUCAUUACAAUUGUCAUGAAAAUCAAUAGAUUUUUUAUUCCGUCUUUAAUUAUUUUUUAUGAAAUCAUUUUUUUUUUUUAAUAUUCAAAUAAAUUUAAAUUAAGUAUAAAUAAAAAAUAUUGGAAUUUGUUAGUUUUAUUACCAAACAAUGCUCGCAUAACUGAAUUGAUGAAAAUGUCAAAAAAUUUUUGUGGUAAAUUAUUUUUCCAUUGAAAUAUUAAAAAUGUCAGAAUUUUUUUUUUUAUUAAAUUCUAUGUUUGUUGUUAUAUUAAAUGUAAUAUAUGUAUAGCAUAUCUAUAAAUAUAUUACAAAAUUCUUUAAAAUAAUAUUUAAUAAAAAUAUCGCGUUACUAAUUUCGAAAGGAUAUUUGACAUAUUUUUGUACGCCCGUUUAGCUUGAGGCAGCUUUUUAAAGACAGCGGGGUUGUCAAUUUUCUUUUUAUUACCAAUGGUUUUGUGGACUUAUUUUAUAACUAAAAAUUGAAUAAAAAAAAAAAAAAUUGAAAGUCAAAAGGGCGUUAAGUCCUUUUGGAAUUAGUAUACUAAUAGAAGGAUUUCUUAGUUUUUAAGAAAUCAUUUCUUAAAUAUCAUUUCUUUGUAUUUAACAAAUAUUUCUUACUAUUUAAGAAAUAGGGUAGAAGUACCGUUUUUGGUCACUUUAGGGCCAAUUUUGGCCACUUAGAAUUUUUGAAUAAAAUAAUUUAUAAAAUACGCAACAACGUAAUUCAUUUUUUUAAAUGUGUUCGAAGAUAUUUUUAUCACACUAUUGCAACGAAAUUUUUUUUGAAUACGGUUUCAUUAUUUAAAAUAAAGUAUUAAAUGUCCAAAAAUGCAGCAGUGGCCUACCCUAUUUGUUAAAUACAAAGAAAUGAUGUUUAAGAAAUGAUUUCUUAAAUGCUAAGAAAUAUUUUUAAAUACUAAGAAAUCCUUCUAUCAGUAUACACUGAAAAAUUUGUAGAGUAAGCGCGGAGUGGAUGACUAUUUAUUUAUUUAAUCCCCUUAGAGUGAAAUUAACUCCAAAGGUGAGUUUAUUUGAAUAUUAAAAGUGAAAAUCGGAGUGAAUGUGGGUGGAAAUAAUAUCAAGAUCCUCCCGAAAUCACUCCGAUGAAAAAACAAACUCCCUAUUCACUCCGUAUACGGAGUGAUUUUUUUACUCCGGGAUUCCAAGUGACGGAGUGAAUUCAGAUUAAAAUAAAAUCCGUAAUCACUCCCGAUUUUCACAGCGUAACGCGAUAUAUUUUUAUUAUUGUGUGUUUUCGAAAAAAUUUAUGUUAUAAAUAUAAAUAAUAAUAAAUAAGUAAUCAUUUAAAAUUGCAGUGGAAAAAAGCUUUAACAAUUUUUUUACAUAUUUAAGAAUAAAUUAGUCGAUUAAAAUGAUUUGUAAAUUUUUUAGUUAAUACGAAAAAAUGUAUAGCGUUCAUCAGUGUAAAUUUUCUCGUUUAUUCUGACAGUUUAUGUUGGAAAAAUAAAUAUCAAAAGAAUUAUUUUAGUUGAAACGUAUUUUACAUGAAUAUGAUGGUCGCUAUUUUUUCCAUAUUAAAACUUAAUUAUGCAAUGUGAGACAAAAGUGCGAAUGUCAAUUAAUGUAUAAUCUAGAGUAAUUUAAAUGUAAAUAAAAAAAAUUAUGCCCGUAAAUUUAUGAAACAAAAAUUAACGAAUUUAAAAUUGUUACAUUAUAAUUAACAUUAAAAAUUAUCAGCUGCGUAAUUAAAUGUAAAUUGUAUUAGAGUUAAUUGUUAAUUUUAUUUAUAAAUAUAUAUCAAUUAUAAAACCUAUAUUAUUAAGUAAAAAAAAUUAUAUUGAGUAAAUAGAAUAUAAAUAUUAUAAAAAAUGAGUAUUUUAAAAUUUAUCAAAUGACAGAAUGAUUUCAUAAGAAAAAAAUUGGAAGAUAAAUUGAAUCGAAUAUCGAAUCGGCGGAUGACGGCUCACGAGCCCCAGCCUCUUCCGCUUGACUGUCGAUGGUAAAUUCAAUGUCAGUUAUAAAACACUAAUCUUUUCGACAUAUAGAUUUUUUUUUGUUUUUUUUUUUCUUUUCUUUUGAAUUUAUACUUAAAUUAUAUAAAUAUCUUGUAGUCAUGUGGAAAUUUUAGGGGAGGUUUAAAUAAGAUAAACUGUUCAAGUAAGAUGAACUAUAUACGAAUUAUAAAUACGCUCUAAAUUCCAUAAAUAAUAUAUAAAAAAAUUUAAAGUAUAAAUUAAAAUAAAAUAAAUAUAUUUUUUUUGUUAUCGAAAAUAAACAAAAAUUUCUAUUUGUGAAAAUGAAUUUUUCAAUCUGUAUAUAUUCCACUGUAACUUCAUUUAAAACCAAUCAAAAAUUCCAUAUAUUUAAUAAAAAUCUAUCAACGACAUUUCAUCAUAAAAAAAGUUGAAUGGAAUAAACAAAAUCCAUUACUGGAAAAUUUUUUAUUAUCACGGUAUGCCAAUCAAAAAAAAAAGAAACAAUACUCCAGUGCAUUAAAUGUAUUCAUCGAUAAACAAUAAAAAGUUACGCAUGUUAUUCGAGAUUGUAUAUUGUAAAUUUUAAUGCAUUUUUUUUUUGUAUUCUUUGUGUAAAUAUAUCUUUUUUUUUUUAAAUUCAUUUAUUCAUAUUUUCUAUUUUAUUCAACAAUUGAAUGCCUCGGGACGUUAAAUUUAUUAUUAAAAGUAAAUUGAAAUUUAUAUGAAAAAAAUUAACUGAAAAAAGGAUAGAAAUGAAUAAAUAAAAAUACAACAGAUAUACACAAAUCCAGAUGUCUGAUGAAAAAGUCAUUUUUAGUGUAAAUAUAAAACGUAACCGUUUAUUAAAGUAAAAUUAGAAAAACUGACGCUUAAUAGUAUAGUGUGUGACAAGGGAUGGAAUAAGACGAUUUCGGACUAAGGUGAAGUUGGCUGCCCGAACCGUAGUCUGAAAUCGUGUUUCGUCUUGUGUCAUACACCAUAUUUUUCAUGAUAAAUAUGAUAUGAAGACCAAUGGUGUGAUCAACUAGUAUCAUUAGCAUAAAUUGUCAUUUGCAAUUUAUAAUUAAGAGGGGUCUGAACUUUUUUCUCUAUCACACUCAAGUCGACGAACGGUACUAUCCUUGUUGUACUUACGCGGUAAAUCGAAAGUUUGUCCACGUUUUUCUCUUAAACAGGUAAAUAUUUUUGAAAAAUGAAAUCGUAGAUCGAUUAUAGAGUAAUGUGUCGAGCCUCGUUCUCAAUUUCGCGUUUAGAGGUUUUGUCUGAGAGCAAAGCUUGGACAAAAGUUACUACAGACCCUCCUUAAGCAGAAACUAUAAAUACUACUCAUUAUUCACACUAAGUUUUAUAAAAAUAAAUAAUAGUAUAUUACACAUCAAAGGAUAAUCGCCUACCCGAACUGAAUGCGAAGGCGGCAAACACUUGGAUGGGGACGUCUUACCAUCCUUCGUAGUGCAUAUACUAUUUUUUGCUAGAUCUACACCUGAAAGCUUCAAUUUUUGCCUCUUUGCAGGAAGAAUAGCGCAUGCGCUAAUUUUUAUAAUUUGUUUUCUUAUGAACAAAAGAACGAAAAAUUUACUGUUUAUUUUUUCUUAUUUGGAAAAGUCGUUCAUCUUACUUGAAUUUAUGGACAUUUUUAAAUAUUAUCUUAUUUUAAUACAGUACGAAUAAAUUAGUCUAAAAAUGGUAUUUGACGUAAAAAUAUAUUAUAAAAAUAUAAUGAUGCAUAUU